AUGUCGACUACCAGCGUUACCUUGAUCGAAGUCAGAGACUUCGCAAUUGGUCCUGACUUGUACCGCCGACGCGCAUCUGAUCUGAGUGACUGGGACGACCUCAUCGAGUAUACGUUCAACGCCUUCAACCGCGAUGAACGCUACUUCAGACUGCACUUCCAUUUCUCUCGGGAAACACAUUGUGUGGAGGACGAACUGUUGACGAAGGAGGACUGGAAUGACGGUAUCUAUUUCGUCGGCGCCAACAGACUAUUCUAUGCCCAUUUCGUCACGAGGGCUCGACAUGAACCUCGAGGUUACUACCGGAGGAGGGCGCCUUCACCAUCUCCAGUCAGCCCCACACCUGAGCCUGGGUCGCCGGUGCGACACGUCCCGGAGGUGGACCUCGACGUGGACUUGCACGUGGACGCGGACGCGGACGUGGACGCGCACCACAACCCGCUCAACGUCCACCACUUCGGCCAGUACCACCACCAGCUCAACCUGUCCCAGCCGUUCUUCGACCGGCCUCUCAGCGACCAAACACCAACGCAACCAAUGGCCCCUCUUCCAAGCUCAGACGCACCGGCAGCUAGACCCGCGGCUGCGACAUCAGCUUCGGCAGUACCUGUUCGCGCUCCUGUCGCCCCGAUGUUGCCUCCUCGACCAGCUGUUCGCCAACCGGCUGGCGGAUCUACGUCUCGUCUGCGGACUACAGGCAAUUCAAGCGGCCAGCCAAUUGAGAUAUCGUCCGCAUCGUCAUCGUCAAGCUAUGAAUCUAGCAUGGAUAUAGAUUCCAAUCAGCAUCCGGGUACCCAUCAGCCCACCGCACCCCUUCCGCCGCCGCCGCAAAGUGAAGACUACAACAUGGAACUCGCCGACGAUCCCAUAUCCGACUCCGACGCGCAGAAUACACCCCUCCCCGCACCAACAUUCGAUGAGUACGCGGACCUCCAGUACCCCGUCGUCCGGCCUUCACCAGGACCACGAUAUGAAGGCCAAACCGACGAUGAGGAAGAGGAUCUUACCCUCCAAUCACCACUAUACCCAAUUCCAGAAUUCGAAGAGAGGCCAGACGAUGAAUAUGAAGAUCUCACCCUCCAAUCACCACUCUACCCAGAUCCGCAGUUUGAGCAACCACCAGACGAGGAAGAGGAAGAGGAUCUCACCCUCCAAUCCCCACUCUACUCCAACUCAGAGUUCGACCACCCACCAAACGACCAAGUCGAAGACGAGCAAAUGUCCGUCGCCCCCACAUCACCAGGCUCAGGCGGCCUCUUCGUGCGCGAUGAGACAGAAGCACAGAACUUCGAGGCGGCGUUGGCGUGGGAGGACGAUGGUACACAGCAGUCCGUCGUGGAGUCUGAGCUCGGACAAGAAGAGGAGAGGCCGGACAGUGAAGGGGAGGAUGCGAUGACAUUUAUUGCGUCUCCUUCUGCUGCGCCCUCGUCGGCUGUACCUACUUCGGCGGGUACGGGUAUGUUCGUGUCGGACGGGAGUGAGACGAGGGGCUUUGCGGGGGCUUUGGAGUGGGAAGAGGAAGAAGAUGAUGAUGAUGAUGAUGACGACGAUGAGGAGAUGGAGGAUGAAGGGGAGGGUGGUGUGGAGGUUAGGAGGCGGUAG